AGCAUUCUCUGGCUUCCAUUUAACGCUUGUUUGUGUUGUAGGAGAAUUUAUAAUUCAAGUGUCAUCUGAAAAAUAUGGCAAGCUUAAAAUGGAUUUAUUGUGCGGUGUUGUUUGAGUUGAUUCUAAGUGAUGCUGCGUCACCAGCUGGAAGUGGCACCAUUGUCUUCCCAACAAGCGAUGAAGAUAUUGGAAAUUCAUUACAACAAAAUUAUAAGUCAAAAUGGCAAAUUGGCGGAUCAUCUGGUUCAAAAACUCCAAUUAAAACAAUAAAAACGUCUUCGUAUUCAACGCGAACAGGUUUUAAUUCGGAACCAUUAUAUGUUCGUUAUAAUGCUUACAACACUGGAUCAAGUGCCCAAGCGAACGCAAAUUCGAUGAAUUACAACUUUCAACCUGGCAUGUUUAACGCACCACCUGGCUAUGGUGGUAGUUUCAGUGGAUCAUCCGCUUCAGCGAGUUCAUCUUCCUUUUCCUAUGGUGGAGUACAAUGCACGUCAGAACCGAAGCCACCAGCAAAUGGACGAAUGAAAUGUGCUUCGGGUAGCUGCCAGGUUUCAUGCUUGGCUGAUUAUAAAUUUCCAAACGGUGCUGAUACCUUAAUUCUUCAAUGCAUGAAUGGACGAUGGAUAGCGAAGAGUUUCGAAACGAAUGAUAUUCCACCAUGUGAACCUGUCUGCUUGCCAGCUUGUGUCAACAAGGGAAUAUGUGUUGCACCAGGACAGUGCAAAUGUCCUGAAAACUUUAUGGGGCCGACAUGUCAAUAUGAGAAAAAACUUUGUCUAACGUCACCACCUUUACCAGCGAACUCAAAACGAAGCUGUUCACAGUCAUUAUGUACUGUUUCGUGCAUGAAAGGAUAUAAAUUCCCGGAUGGAUCUCUUUCUAUGAAUCUGCAAUGCAUGGAUGGUGAAUGGAAGCCUGAACAACAAAGCUUAAAGCUAAUACCUGAUUGUGAACCAAUUUGUGACCCGGCUUGUUUAAAUGGUGGCAAAUGUUUAUCGUAUAACGUCUGUCAGUGUGGCAAGGAAUUUAGGGGACCACAAUGUCAGUGGGGGAUAGAUCGAUGUGCAACAACAAAGUUGAAUUUCAACGGCGGUUUCUCAUGUUCUGGAUCUGCUGAUGCAAUCAAAUGUAAACUUAUUUGUCCUAAAACUGUUAAAUUUAGUUUUGAACCAGCUGAGUUUUAUACUUGUCUUUAUUCGACUGGAGAAUUCACGCCAAAUAAAGUUCCGCAAUGUGUUUUUCCUCCCGGAAUGAAAGUCACACAAUCGGAGCCGAUUAGAACUUUUUCUCAAACGAAUGGAACUUUGAUCAAAAGCGGUGGUGAAAAGUCGUACGUUGUCGAAGUAGGUGGUCAAGAAGAGAUAAUCGAAGAGACAGAAACCAUAAUAAAGAGAAAAAUUAUACGAAAAGGAAAAAAGAAAACUUAUACUGUAGAUGAAGACGAAGAAUUCUUUGAAGCGCCAGGUGUCUACUCAUUGUACAUCAUUCAGGACUUAGAAGUGACUUAUAAAACACCAAAGCCAAGUGUUUGCAUGGCAUGGAAUGGCAACAAAUUCAAAACCUUUGACGGCGUGACUUACAGUCAUGAGUUGGCUUGUUCUCACACGUUGCUUCAAGAUUUUGUCGAUGGAACAUUUAACGUAAUUCUUCGAGCCUGUCCUUUUGAUUCCAUUCAACCAUGUCCACAUGCUUUAGAAGUUUUUAUGCAAAAUGAACAAUUCACAUUUGAAAAUAAUGGCGGUCAUGUAAAAAUGUUUACAACCAAGCGUGAAAUUCCCAUUCCUGUGCAAAUGACUGGCUUGAAAGUAACUCGAUCGGGUACGGACGUGAGAAUAAUUUUAGAGCAAAUUCCAAUCACAAUCACAUGGGAUUCAAAGAAAUUUAUUCAAAUCGAUGCAACUGAGAGUAUGUGGAAUAGAACAGCUGGUCUUUGUGGCACAAUGGAUGGCAUUAUGAGCAAUGACUUCAUGUCAAAAGAUCGGACACGUCAUAAAUUGGCAUCAACAUUUGUUGAUUCAUGGCGUGCAUUAAGCAUCGACAAAAGCAAAGAAAAAUGUCUCCAACGGUCACAAGCAAUCACAUCUAUAGCUUGUGAAACGUCCAUUGAAGAAAAAGCAAAUCUCGUGUGCACAGAUUUGUUAAAAAAUCCCAAAAUGAAAAAUUGUUUAAAAAUGUUCGACGAUGAAAUUCUAAUGAAAAAUUGCAUCUCAGACUACUGUAGUUGUAAAAAUGGAUACGAUCGGACUGAAUGCAUUUGCGAAGGAUUUUCUGCUAUCGCUAAAGACUGUCGGUUCCGUGGCAUUAUGCUUGAAGAUGGAUGGAGGGAUUGGCAGAUUUGUCCUUUGAAUUGCACAAAUGGUCGUGUUUAUAAAUCAUGUGGACCAUUGAACGAACCGUCAUGUGGCUCGGCCAUCGAGAGUGAUUCAUUUAACUGUCGUGAAGGGGGCUUUUGUCCCGAUGGAACAAUUUUAAAUGAUGGCACUUGCGUGAUGCCAAAGAAUUGUCCAUGCAAUCUCAAAGGCAAAUCAUUCCCACCAAAAAGUCAAAUUAAACGUGAUUGCAAUACUUGUGUGUGUGACAAUGGCAAUUGGAAAUGUACAUCAGUAACUUGCGGGUCACGAUGUGCAGCUAUUGGCGAUCCUCACUAUAUGACAUUCGAUGGAAAACGUUAUGACUUCAUGGGCAAAUGUUCUUACUAUUUGAUGAAAACAGAAAGCAUAUCAGUUGAAGCAGAGAAUGUUGCUUGCGAUGGUGCAAUAUCAGAAAACAUGAACUUCUUACCUUCCUUCUCAAAUGAACUUCCAUCUUGUACAAAGUCGUUAACAAUUAAAUUUAAUGAUGUUUCCGGUCAACCGAGAAUAAUUAAACUUAAACAAGGCGGAUUUGUCCUUCUUGAUGGUUUUGAAGUUUCCAAACUACCAGUCGUAUUGUCCAAUGGUGCAGUGAAAAUCCGACAGCCAAGUUCAAGCUUUGUUAUCGUUCAUUUCGUAAAUGGGGCCACAAUUUGGUGGGAUGGAGCAACUAGAGCAUACAUAGAUGUUCCCGCUUCUUAUCGUGGAAAGACUCAAGGGCUUUGUGGAACGUUUAACUCGAAUAUGCAAGAUGAUUUCCUUACUCCGGAAGGAGAUAUCGAGACUGUUGUCUAUCCAUUUGCAAACAAAUGGCAAACAAAAGAUUCUUGUGAUUCCUUAAAUGAUAAAUUAAUUGCACAUCCAUGUGAUGCAAAUAUCGAGAAUAAAGCAAAAGCGGAAGAAAUUUGUUCUAAAUUACGAGACAAGAUAUUCGAGGAAUGUCAUUUGUUUGUGGAUCCUGAAGAAUUUUAUAGUGAUUGCAUGUAUGAUGUUUGUGCAUGUAAAGGCAAUGAUAUCAGUCAAUGCUUUUGUCCUAUAUUUGCUGCAUACGCUACAGAAUGUACACGACAGGGAAUUGUUCUUGAAUGGCGCUACAAAAUCUCUCAGUGUGCUAUCAAUUGUCCCAAUGGUCAGGUUUUCCAACAAUGCGGUGAAGCAUGUACUCGAACAUGCAGUGAUUUACAAAGUGAAACUGAGUGCCAAUUGCAAUGUGUUGAAGGUUGUCGAUGCCCUAUGGGGCAAGUCCUUGAUGAGAACAAUGAAUGUGUCACGAUUGCGAUGUGUAAAUGUUCAUAUAAGAAUUUAGAAUUCAAACCUGGAUAUAAAGAAGUUCGUCCGGGCCGUAAGUACUUGGAGUUAUGUACAUGCUAUGGUGGACGUUGGAAAUGUGUUGAAGCCACGGGAGAUGAUGAAAUCAACUAUCCAGCAGCUAGUGAUAUGUCAAAGAAAUGUUCAGCAUCUCGCAAUGAAAUAUUCACAACUUGCGAACCUGCUGAGCCAUUAACAUGCAAAAAUAUGCAUUUAAAUGUUUCAACUUCAACUGCUUUAUGUCGACCAGGAUGUAUGUGUAAAGACGGAUAUGUACUUGACAGAGUUUUGAAACAAUGUGUUUUACCUGAAAAAUGUUCUUGUCAUCAUGGUGGAAGAAGUUACAGUGAGGGUGAACACAUUAAAGAAGAUUGCAACACAUGUUUGUGCAAAGGUGGAAUAUGGGAUUGUACAAUGAAAGCUUGUGCAUCGACAUGUAGUGCUUGGGGCGAUUCACAUUUCACAACGUUUGAUGGACGUGAAUUUGACUUUCAAGGUGUCUGUAGUUAUGUUCUAUCGAAAGGCAAACUUCAUGAUGGCGAUGGAUUCUCAGUAACGAUUCAAAAUGUUUUAUGUGGUUCAAAUGGAGUGACUUGUUCGAAAUCAUUGGAAAUUAAUCUGCUGGGAAAUGAAGUGGAAUCUUUAUCCCUUUCAUCCGACUUACCUGUACCUGGUAUCAAGAACAAAUUGAAUGCAAAGCCUUUGCAAAAGAUGCUCACAUAUCGCUCGGGUAUUUUUAUCGUUGUUGAAAUACCCCAUAUCGGAGUCAUACUAAAAUGGGAUCGUGGCACGAGAGUCUACUUGAAACUAGAAAAUCGUUGGAAAGGUAAAGUUCAGGGAUUAUGUGGAAAUUACAAUUAUGAUGCCCUUGAUGACUUCAUGAACCCUUCGAAUGGCGUCGAAAGCAACCCAAUCAUUUUCGGACAUUCAUGGAAGUUGGAAGAUUCAUGUGCUGUUCCAACCGAACAAGUUGAUUCAUGUGCCCUCAACCCACAAAGGAAAACGUGGGCACAAAGAAAAUGUGGCUUGUUGAAAUCAUCGGAAUUCGCUCAAUGCCAUUCAGAAGUUUCUGUUGAUAGCUUCUACAAGAGAUGCAUCUUUGAUACAUGCAGCUGCGAUCAAGGCGGUGAUUGUGAAUGUUUAUGUACAGCUUUAAGUGCUUAUGCUUUUGCAUGUUCAUCGAAGGGAAUUUUCAUUCGAUGGCGAACACCAGAUUUAUGUCCUAUGCAAUGCGAUCCAACAUGUUCCAACUAUCAUCCAUGCAUCCAACCAUGUCCAGCGGAAACUUGUGACAAUUUAAUGCACCCGCUCAAAAAUCAGCGACUUUGUAAUGCUGACGUAUGUGUUGAAGGAUGCAAGUUAAAAGAAUGUCCUGAAGGAAGCGUUUACAUGAACAACUCGUAUAGUGAAUGCAUUCCAAUUUCAUCAUGCAAGCCAAUUUGUCUUGAAGAAAAUGGUGUUACUUAUUAUGAAGGCGACAUUAUGGCAUCCGAUUCAUGUCAUACAUGCAAGUGCACGCGUGGAAAUAAAGUUUGUUCAGGGCUUCCUUGUGCAAUCAGUGUGCCCGAUGGUAUGGAUGGGGAUAUAAAAUGUCAAACUGGAUGGUCAGCAUGGAUUAAUCAAGACAUGCUUGAACAAUCUGCUGUAAAGUCAUCGAAAUCAAAUUAUUUCAAAGAAGAUGACAUUGAACCAUUGCCGAAUAAUAUGCAAAUGAAGAAUUUAGUUGGAAAGGGUAAAGCAGUUUGUUCGACAGAAUCAUUUGCAGCGAUUGAAUGUCGUUCAGUUAUUGGUCGUGAGAAUCCUAAGAAAACUGGUCAGAAUGUUGAAUGUUCUCUAGAGAAAGGUUUGAUAUGUAAAGGUCAGUGUUUUGACUAUGAGAUAAGAGUUUACUGCGAGUGUGAUGAGUCAUCGAAUGUCAUAACAACUACAAAACCGCAAUAUACAAUAGCAGCACAACCGAAACCAACUCAGCCUGCAUUUAUUGUCCCAGUUGCUCCAACUAAAGCACCAAUUUCCUUUAUUAAGGUUUGCGAUCCAAAUAUUCCAAAUGUUGAACAUCCGUUAAGUUCUAAUGUCAUAAAAAUUAAACCAAAGUGUGAAGAAACUGAAACACCUCAAAAUGAUUGUCCAACAGGAUAUGCCUGGAGUGACUGCGCAAUUCCAUGCACUCGUGCUUGUAAUUAUUACAGUCAACAAUUGAAACUUGCCGGAAAUUGCACAGCUGGUAAAGAAUGCAUUCCUGGUUGUCUACCGGAAGAUUCAGCUUUGACUUGCAAACAUCCGAAAUUGUGGCGUGAUUGGAAAAGUUGUGUUGAUAUUCAAUCUUGCACAUGUAUGGGACCGAAUAAUGAAAUCAUGAAGCCAGGACAAGUUGUAUAUGUUUCCGAAUGUAAAACAUGUCAGUGUUUAAACAAUGAAUAUAUUUGUGCAAAUGUUCCAUGCAAGAAGACAGUAACAACUUCUCGACCAGUUGACGCUGCUCCGACAGUUCAAUCGAAGAAAAUUGCUUAUUAUCUUACGAUUUGUGAUCCAAGUGUUCCACAUAUUGAACAUCCAAACAGUUGUUACAAGUUCUUACAUUGUCAACCAGCACCUGAUGGCUCUUAUAUGUAUGCAAUAAAGACUUGUUAUCCCGAUAUGAUGUUUAAUCCCAACACCAUGAUUUGUGAUUGGCCAGAUUCAGUUAAGAAAGUGAAACCUGCUUGUGGUGUUGAUGUUGGUGAAAUCGAUAUUUGGGAGUACGAAGAAGUUAUAAUUACUCGCAAUAAAACAAGUCACAUCUCAGGCACAACACAACGUUCGAUUUAUGAUAAAAAAGUUACAACAAAGCCUGGAUACAUCGUAGAGUCACUUGCUUAUUACAUUCGAGUUUGUAACCCUUCAGUCGUAUCUGUUGAACAUCCAGAAUCAUGUUACAAAUAUCUUGCAUGUGAACAAAUAGCAAAUGGAUCUUAUAUGUAUGCUGAAAAGGAAUGUGGAAGUGGAUUGAUGUAUAAUCCAAACAUUUUAGUUUGUGAUUGGCCUUCCAGUGUUGAAAAAAUUAAACCAACUUGUAGUGAUAAACCAACAACACUUAAAGCAUUUGAUUUAGUGAAAGAAACGCAAUCACCAUUUGUUGUAACUGGAAUAAUUUCUCAUGAAAUAACGAAAACCGCUUAUUACUUGACAAUGUGUGAUCCAAGUGUUCCACAUAUUGAACAUCCAAACAGUUGUUAUAAGUUCUUACAUUGUCAACCAGCUGCCAACGGUUCAUUCAUUUAUGCUGUGAAGACUUGUUACCCUGACAUGAUGUUCCAUCCUAAAUCAAUGGUUUGUGAAUGGCCAGAAUCUGUGAAAGCAAUCAAGCCAAAAUGUGGCAGUAAUCCUGGAGAAAUAGAAAUCUGGGAAUAUGAAGAGAUUAAAAUAAGCAGAAGUACAAUUCGUUCACAUGUUACGACACCUAAGACAAUUAUCAAAUACACUGAAAGUCCAAGCAUUUCCAAGGAAGUCAUUCACAAAGCUUAUUACUUAACAAUGUGCGAUCCAAGUGUUCCACGUAUUGAACAUCCAAACAGUUGUUACAAAUAUUUGGAAUGUCAAAAAGCAUCAAAUGGUUCAUUCAUUUAUGCAGUAAAAACUUGUUACCCAAACAAAAUGUUUAAUCCAAACUCAAAGUUGUGUGAUACACCAAAUUCUCUGAAAAAUAUUAAACCAAAAUGUAAUGUUGAUCCUGGAGAAAUUGAGAUUUGGGAAUAUGAAGAGAUUUCUGUGAUUCGUCGAACAAGUCGUUUUCCAACUGCAACAGAGAAAAUUGUUUUGAUUUCAUCAACUGAGCGACCAGAAUACGGUUUUGGUGGAAUUGUCGCUCCUUAUUACAUUCGAACUUGUAAUCCUACGAUAGCAGCAACUAUUGAACAUCCUGAGACAUGUCAUAAAUAUUUGGAAUGUGUGAAGUUACAGAACGGUUCGUAUAUUUAUGCAGAGAAGACUUGUGGACCUGAUUUAUUGUAUAAUGCUGAAAAAGAAGAUUGUGAUUGGCCUUUUAUCGUUGAAGAAUUGAAACCGAAUUGUAAAGAACAACCAGGUGUACUUGAUUGGACGACAGUUACACCAAGACCAGCGACAUAUGCGGCGAAGCCAACAGAAAAGCCAUACAUUGUCCCAAGUACUAUAACACCACCCGAGUAUUGUGAAGACGGCAAACUUGUUCCACUUCUUCACUUAAUUCCUGAUUCCGCUUUUGAAUCAAGCAGCAUUCUCAGCAAAGCUUUCAAACCAGAAGCAGCACGACUUGAUACAAAGUCAAGUGACGAAAAUGCUGGAAGUUGGUCACCUAAAACAAAUGAUUUAAAUCAAUACUUGCAAGUGACAUUCCCACAAUCAUUGCCAAUUCACGGUGUCAUUAUUCGUGGCAAUUCCAUGUUCGAUCAAUAUGUAACGAGUUUCAAAAUUCUUUACAGUCAUGAUGGAACAACUUAUCAUGUUCUCGAAGAUAAAAAGAAACGACCAAAGAUUUUCAGUGGUUCUGUUGAUCCUAAAACGCCAGUCAAAUCAAUAUUUGAAAUUCCAAUAGAAGCAAAGAUGGUGAGAAUUUAUCCAAUAUCAUGGCAUGGCUCAAUAGCACUUCGUGUUGAACUUCUGGGAUGUGAGACACAUUUGAUGCCGAUAACUUUUGCUAUUGAAACGACGACAACAUCCGUCUAUGAAUUUGCGAGAGGUCUUGGCGAGAGAACAACAACAACAAGCAGCACAACGACGACGAGAAUUCCGAUAUUUACUGAAGGAAUUGUUGAGCCGCUUUGUGAUGAUCCACUUGGAAUUGAAAACAGUGCAAUGAGUCCAAAUCAAAUCACAUUUAGUUCGAUUAAGGAUGCUGGUUCAGUGAAGACGAAAGUUCGAAAGAAUCCUUUAGAGAUAAUUAAACUAAGUUCAACGAGGGGUUGGAUGCCACUAACUGUUAGCAUGACAGAAUAUGUCCUUUUUGACUUUAUUGAAAACCGAAAGUUGACUGGAAUUGUAACAAAGGGCGGUGAAUACGGUUGGGUGAAAUCAUUCAAUGUUCUUUAUUCACAAGACAACAUCAUUUGGAAUAAAAUUGAAGACGAUUCCGGUGAUGCGUUUGAGUUCUUAGCAAAUGUCGACGCGUAUAAAAUUAAAAAGAAUUUCUUUAAAAGUCCUGUCAACGCUCGUUACAUGAAAAUUCAACCAACAAAAUGGCACAGCACAAUUGAAUUAAAGAUUGAGCCAAUUGGAUGUUUUGUUCCUUACCCUGUCAUAGCUCAAGCAGCCACAACUAAACCUGAAGUUGAGAUUGUAACGCCGAGUGCGUGUGGUCGAACCUUCAAUACAUUUGACUUCACAGAGUUCAAAUAUGACAUUUGCAAUCAUCUUCUUGCUCGCGAUGCUGCUGAUGAGAAGUGGAACGUGAUCAUGAAGAAAAAUUGUUCGAGUGGAAACAACAUUUGCAGAAAAGAGAUUGUGAUUAAAGAUAAAGUUUCCAUGUACACUUUGACUCUUUACCCAUCGUUGACUGUCAAUCUCGAUGGAUAUCCCUUCACAGUUGAACAAUUGCAGAAAACGAAUCGGAAAAUGACUUUUACAGUUUCAAAGAACGGUGGAAGUUUACUUUAUGUUUCGCACACACAUGGAAUUUGGUUGAUGUUUGAUCGAUUCGGUGACGUGAAGUUUGGGGUGUCAGGAAAAUAUUCUGGAAAUGUUGAUGGCCUUUGUGGCUUCUUUAAUCGUAAAAAGACUGACGAUAAACGAAUGCCUAAUGGAAAAGUUGCGUCAUCAACUGUUGAAUUUGGCGACAGUUGGUCGUUGAAAGAUGUUGGUCAAGUUGAUUGUAAACCUCAUGUUUGUCAGAAAACGUUACAAGAUGUUGCUUGGACAAUUUGUAAUUUAGUUAAAGACAAUGUUUUCAAAUCAUGUCACGCCAUCAUUGACCCAACAAGCUUCAUUUCGAAGUGCAUGGAAACAGCGUGUGAUUGCUUAUUGACAAGUUCGAACGCUUCAUCCGAUUUAGAUACGUCCAUGAAAGAAUGCAAAUGUUCAAUGUUGCAAAAUUAUGUCGUUGAUUGUAUGGCAGCGGACGAAGCAGUUCAUUUAGAGACAUGGAGAUCAGUACAUUCUUGUGAAGCUUCAUGUGAGUCGCCGUUUGUCCAUCACGAUUGUUAUCGACGAAAAUGUGAAACGACAUGCAAUAAUCUUCGAGUUGCUGAAUGUUCAAAAGUAACUGGAACAUGUUUUUCUGGUUGUUAUUGUCCAUCUGGAACUGUCCUAAAAGAUUCAACAUGCAUUCCAAUUAGUGAAUGUCGUGAUUGUGUUUGCGAUGGUUUUGGAAAGUCACAAUACUUGACUUAUGAUAGAAAGAACUUCACAUUUGAUGGAAACUGCACUUAUCUUCUAACGCGCGAUAUUUCACUGAAAAACAUUCACACGUUUCAAGUUUUUGCUACCAUUGGCCCUUGCGAUGCAAAAUCUCAGUCAACAUGCACGCAGGCACUUCAUUUAAUAUACGGCAAUCAUAUCAUUCACAUAGAAAAAAGCACGACAAACAGUUUCAAAAUCAUCGUUGAUGGAAUGACAUUGAAGAGUUUGCCAUUUAAUCAGAAAUGGGCGAAAAUUGCUGAACAAGGAAAAUCUUUGAGUAUUUUACUUCCCGAGUCUCAAGUAGAAUUGCAAAGCGUUUUUGAGACAAUGUCAUUCAGUAUUAAAGUGCCGAGUGUUAAGUAUGGAAGUAAAAUGGAAGGAAUGUGCGGAAAUUGCAAUGGAAAUCCUAACGAUGAUAUCAUCACAAAUCCAGCAAAAACAGAUUUCCCGAAAGGUGCAAGUUCAAUNAAUCAAUACUUGCAAGUGACAUUCCCACAAUCAUUGCCAAUUCACGGUGUCAUUAUUCGUGGCAAUUCCAUGUUCGAUCAAUAUGUAACGAGUUUCAAAAUUCUUUACAGUCAUGAUGGAACAACUUAUCAUGUUCUCGAAGAUAAAAAGAAACGACCAAAGAUUUUCAGUGGUUCUGUUGAUCCUAAAACGCCAGUCAAAUCAAUAUUUGAAAUUCCAAUAGAAGCAAAGAUGGUGAGAAUUUAUCCAAUAUCAUGGCAUGGCUCAAUAGCACUUCGUGUUGAACUUCUGGGAUGUGAGACACAUUUGAUGCCGAUAACUUUUGCUAUUGAAACGACGACAACAUCCGUCUAUGAAUUUGCGAGAGGUCUUGGCGAGAGAACAACAACAACAAGCAGCACAACGACGACGAGAAUUCCGAUAUUUACUGAAGGAAUUGUUGAGCCGCUUUGUGAUGAUCCACUUGGAAUUGAAAACAGUGCAAUGAGUCCAAAUCAAAUCACAUUUAGUUCGAUUAAGGAUGCUGGUUCAGUGAAGACGAAAGUUCGAAAGAAUCCUUUAGAGAUAAUUAAACUAAGUUCAACGAGGGGUUGGAUGCCACUAACUGUUAGCAUGACAGAAUAUGUCCUUUUUGACUUUAUUGAAAACCGAAAGUUGACUGGAAUUGUAACAAAGGGCGGUGAAUACGGUUGGGUGAAAUCAUUCAAUGUUCUUUAUUCACAAGACAACAUCAUUUGGAAUAAAAUUGAAGACGAUUCCGGUGAUGCGUUUGAGUUCUUAGCAAAUGUCGACGCGUAUAAAAUUAAAAAGAAUUUCUUUAAAAGUCCUGUCAACGCUCGUUACAUGAAAAUUCAACCAACAAAAUGGCACAGCACAAUUGAAUUAAAGAUUGAGCCAAUUGGAUGUUUUGUUCCUUACCCUGUCAUAGCUCAAGCAGCCACAACUAAACCUGAAGUUGAGAUUGUAACGCCGAGUACGUGUGGUGUGUGUAAAGGUAUUCUUGCACCACGACCUGUCAGACCCAGUGCCUGUACAUGUUAUCCACCACUUUAUUGGAGUGGCUCAGAAUGUGUACCACAAUCACAAUGUCCUUGUGUCGAAGGUCACAUGAUUUAUGAGAUUGGAGAGACUUAUCAAACGGAAGAUUGUGCCGAUUGUAUUUGCAAGAUUGGUGGCGUUCCAGAUUGCAAGCCGAAAGUUUGUGCGCCAUGUGGUCAAGGUUUACGUCGCGAAUCACCGAAAUCUUGUUCAUGCCAAUGUGUUCCAUGUCCACCAGAUACAAUUUUAUGUCAGACAAGUGGAGAAUGUAUUCCUGAAAGUUCAUGGUGUGACGGAGUUCAAGAUUGUCCCGAUGAUGAAAAGAAUUGCAUAAUAACCGAAAAACCGAUGAUUUUCGUUAAUCGAACUGAAACAUUGAGAAUUGAAUCCGAGCAUUGUGUUGAAUUUAUUUGUGUGCCAAUUGUUGAGUCGCCUGAUUAUGCUGAAGAAGGUCAAAGAACAAUGACGAGAUGUCCGGAACCAAAGUGUCCAAGAGGUUACAUGAUUCGUUUGCAAAUCCAAAAAGAUUCAAAAGAAUGUGCAAAAUUCUCUUGUGAGGCAGCUGCUGUAAAUGACGCUGUUUGCAAUGUCACUGGUCGAACCUUCAAUACAUUUGACUUCACAGAGUUCAAAUAUGACAUUUGCAAUCAUCUUCUUGCUCGCGAUGCUGCUGAUGAGAAGUGGAACGUGAUCAUGAAGAAAAAUUGUUCGAGUGGAAACAACAUUUGCAGAAAAGAGAUUGUGAUUAAAGAUAAAGUUUCCAUGUACACUUUGACUCUUUACCCAUCGUUGACUGUCAAUCUCGAUGGAUAUCCCUUCACAGUUGAACAAUUGCAGAAAACGAAUCGGAAAAUGACUUUUACAGUUUCAAAGAACGGUGGAAGUUUACUUUAUGUUUCGCACACACAUGGAAUUUGGUUGAUGUUUGAUCGAUUCGGUGACGUGAAGUUUGGGGUGUCAGGAAAAUAUUCUGGAAAUGUUGAUGGCCUUUGUGGCUUCUUUAAUCGUAAAAAGACUGACGAUAAACGAAUGCCUAAUGGAAAAGUUGCGUCAUCAACUGUUGAAUUUGGCGACAGUUGGUCGUUGAAAGAUGUUGGUCAAGUUGAUUGUAAACCUCAUGUUUGUCAGAAAACGUUACAAGAUGUUGCUUGGACAAUUUGUAAUUUAGUUAAAGACAAUGUUUUCAAAUCAUGUCACGCCAUCAUUGACCCAACAAGCUUCAUUUCGAAGUGCAUGGAAACAGCGUGUGAUUGCUUAUUGACAAGUUCGAACGCUUCAUCCGAUUUAGAUACGUCCAUGAAAGAAUGCAAAUGUUCAAUGUUGCAAAAUUAUGUCGUUGAUUGUAUGGCAGCGGACGAAGCAGUUCAUUUAGAGACAUGGAGAUCAGUACAUUCUUGUGAAGCUUCAUGUGAGUCGCCGUUUGUCCAUCACGAUUGUUAUCGACGAAAAUGUGAAACGACAUGCAAUAAUCUUCGAGUUGCUGAAUGUUCAAAAGUAACUGGAACAUGUUUUUCUGGUUGUUAUUGUCCAUCUGGAACUGUCCUGAAAGAUUCAACAUGCAUUCCAAUUAGUGAAUGUCGUGAUUGUGUUUGCGAUGGUUUUGGAAAGUCACAAUACUUGACUUAUGAUAGAAAGAACUUCACAUUUGAUGGAAACUGCACUUAUCUUCUAACGCGCGAUAUUUCACUGAAAAACAUUCACACGUUUCAAGUUUAUGCUACCAUUGGCCCUUGCGAUGCGAAAUCUCAGUCAACAUGCACGCAGGCACUUCAUUUAAUAUACGGCAAUCAUAUCAUUCACAUAGAAAAAAGCACGACAAACAGUUUCAAAAUCAUCGUUGAUGGAAUGACAUUGAAGAGUUUGCCAUUUAAUCAGAAAUGGGCGAAAAUUGCUGAACAAGGAAAAUCUUUGAGUAUUUUACUUCCCGAGUCUCAAGUAGAAUUGCAAAGCGUUUUUGAGACAAUGUCAUUCAGUAUUAAAGUGCCGAGUGUUAAGUAUGGAAGUAAAAUGGAAGGAAUGUGCGGAAAUUGCAAUGGAAAUCCUAACGAUGAUAUCAUCACAAAUCCAGCAAAAACAGAUUUCCCGAAAGGUGCAAGUUCAAUGGAAAAAUUCGCUUUGAGUUGGUUGGCAGAUGAGCCUAAAUUGCAACUGUCAGAGGAUAAAGACACUUGUUAUGUUGAUGAUGAAAGCGACUGCCUUCCUUUACCUCCAGAAGACGACCCUUGCUUCAAAAUUCUUGAUGAAGACAUUUUCGGUCAAUGUCACUUUGUUGUUGACCCAAUCAUGUACGUCACCGCAUGUCAACAAGAUUUGUGUCGAACUGGACCGAGUCAAAAAGGUUCUUGUGAAACUGUAGCCACAUAUGCGGACGAAUGUGCUAAAAAUGGCGUUUGUGUUGAUUGGAGGAAAAAUAAUUUCUGUACUAUGGAUUGCGUUGCACCAUUUGUGUACAGCUCAUGUGGAUGUUCUGAAACAUGCAAGACAAUAGAAGAGAAACAAAUGAAAUUAUCAUCUAUUAAGGAUGCAAAGAACGCUGAGAAGCUGAAAUCAAUUUGUAGUACAACAUUACGGGAAGGUUGCUUCUGUCCAAAUGGAACAGUUCUUCAUAAUGGAAAUUGCAUAAAAGAAGUAGAAUGUAAAGUCUGCGAUGAUGAAGGUCAUCUACCAGGUGACAUUUGGCAUCCUGAUGUCUGCACAUCGUGUUCAUGUCGUAGCGAUGCAAGCAUACAAUGCCAAAAAACUGAAUGCCCUUCACAACAGACUAUUUGCGAAAUUGGAUACAAAGCAAUUGAAUCUUCCACAACUGGAGAAUGUUGCAAAAAAUAUGCUUGUGUUCCCGACAUAAUGCCCACAAAACCAACAUCAUGUCCUCAAUUAGUUUUGCCCAAAUGUGGUUUCGACCAGACAAAUAAAAUUAUAAACGACACCGAUGGCUGUUCCAAAUUUAUUUGCGAUUGUAUUCCAAAAGAACAAUGCAAAUCAGUGCAAAAUUUCCCGACACUUGAGCCCGGCAUCAAACAAAUAAUUGACACAACGGGAUGCUGUCCGGUGUCGAAACUUGAGUGUGAUAAAUCCCUUUGUCCAGCAAAACCAUCACAAUGUUCGGAAGCUUUCUAUACUCUAGAGAAGAUAAAGUCGGUCAAUGCUGAGAAUUGUUGUGAUAUGUUUGAAUGUCGUCCACCGUCGCAUAAUUGCAUAGCAGAUAUCGAAGGAAAAAAAGUUCUGAAACCAAUUGACGAGAAAUGGCAAACAAAUGACAUUUGCGAGACUGCUGUCUGUGCAUUUGACACAAAUGGGAAACCUAUAAUUAAGAAGCAACGUGAAACUUGUAACACUCGCUGUCAGUUGGGAUUCGAGUUGAAGCCAAUACCAGACAAAUGUUGUGGUCAAUGCGUUAAAACAAAAUGCGUUGUGGACAAAAAGUUGUAUAAUGUUGGUGCUGAAUGGAAGAGCGCUGACAAUUGCACGACAUUUAUUUGUAAUAUUAAGGACGACGAGAUUUUCAUUUCUUCGAUGAUGCCGACAUGUUCUGAUGUUUCAAAUUGUCCCCCAUUGAUGCGUUACACUGAUGGUUGCUGUGAAAAAUGUAAAUUGGAAUCACUUUCCCAACAAAAUUGCUUACCCGAAUCACUUGCUGAGAAAGUCACACUUGGCUUGAUAAAAACUCAAAUACCACCUCAUGGAAAAUGUCAAAACUUUGAGCCAAUUCGAGGUGUUACACAAUGUUCUGGAACAUGCAAAUCUGGAACGAUUUUUGAUCCAAUCACUUUCCAUCAAUUGAAAAGCUGUGACUGUUGUUCGGUAAGCAGUGUCAAAGAAAUUGCUGUUGAACUUGUGUGUGAGGAUAAAUACAAGCUUAUCAAACAUUUCAACGUUCCAUCAUCAUGUGCAUGUUCAAAAUGUGGCGCCGACGACAUAAAAAGUCUAAAAUUGACGGCAUCGUCAUGAAACUUAAUUAAAUAUUAUUUAAUGAAAAAUACCUCAUAAGAAUUGUAGCGUUAAGUUGCUUUUGAUUCUACUGCUGCGAAUACCAACCUAGAAUUUAAGCUUUUGGGUUCAUGUGAAAUGUUAUUAAUGUUUACCAACGUAUACGUAAAGCAUGCUUUAAUUUUGCUAAAAACAAAUAAAAUUCAUAGAAAUAUGAUUUACAAUCAAACAUUUUCAUCUCUGAUU